GAAGAACACAGCCAACAGAGCAAAGUUAACAAAAACCGUUUUCGUGUGUGCCAAAAUCCCAAACAAAAGACAACACAAAAUGAAGGCCUUUACGUCGAUUGCGCUGCUCGUGUGCCUGGCUGCCUGGACCCAAGCGGAACCACCAGUGCCCCAGAACCAGUACCUGCCACCCAACCAGUCGCCCCAGGCGCCGUCCAACAACUACCUGCCGCCCACGCAGGGCUUCCAGUCGCCGUCGAACAACUACUUGCCUCCCCAGCGGACCGGCGGCAACGGUGGAGCGCCCAGCAACAGCUACGGCGCCCCCAUUGCUCCUCCCCAGGGUCAAUAUGGUGCUCCUGCGCUGACUGGUGCCAUCUUCAAGGGCGGCAACGGAAACGGCGGCUAUGGCGGCGGUAAUGGCAACGGCAACGGCAACGGCUACGGACAGCGGGAUGAGGAGCAGUACGGACCGGCCAAGUACGAGUUCAAGUACGACGUGCAGGACUACGAGUCGGGCAAUGACUUCGGACACAUGGAGUCCCGCGAUGGCGAUCUCGCCGUUGGCCGCUACUACGUCCUGCUGCCCGAUGGUCGCAAGCAGAUUGUGGAGUACGAGGCCGACCAGAAUGGAUACCGCCCAACCAUCCGGUACGAACAGGUCGGCAAUGGCAACGGAAACGGAAACGGCAACGGUCGCAACGGUGGCGGUUACGAUAGCAACGCGCAGCAGGGCAAGUUCAACGGCUAUUAAGAUGUGGGGCAGUGUGGAUGCCCGAUUAAGGUCGACCCCGCAACUAUACUCGUCUACUUCAUGGGUUCGCUGGCCGAGUAUUAAACGCCCAUCCAGCCAGUGGGCCAGCGAUCGCAGUCAGUCUAUACCUAUCCGUGUACCUAUCUUUGUGUAUCCCAUUAGUGGGACGGCCGCCAUUUUGCCAUAGACAGGCGCGUUCCUUUCCGUUUCCGUUUCACUGCCGUUCGUUCCCCCGUUUCCCCGUUUCCCCGUCUCUACGCCUGGAACUCCUUGCCGUUUUUGUUUUGUUUAAGCGCCUUCAUUUUGUGUAAGUCUACGCACACACACACACAAACACACCACUCACACACACACCAUGACCAUUACGCAUUCAUACAUACAUGCAUAAGGAUUGUAUUUAGUUUUUAAACGAAAAUGGAAAUUCGAAAGU